UCCAAUGAAUACAGAAUGGGUAAGUCUUACACUACUCCCGAUGUCUCCAGCACUUUGACAUCCUCAUCUUCUGCCUGGUCUACAUCAGGGCUUUCUUCUGCUGCUCAGGAAAGCCCAACAGUCAAAUCUUCUUACACUUCUGAAGAAGCUUCGACAGGCACAUCUCAGUUUACAAAAGAAAGUUUAACAGAUAAAUGUUCAUUCACGUCUUCAUCUACCGAAUGGCAUCCAUCAGGGCUUAGUUCCACUUCUGCUCAAAGUCCUCAAGACGAAUCUCUCAUUGCUACAAAUCUUACAGAUACAUCUCGUACCACUACCAGUAUCUCCAGCACUUUUACAACAUCAUCAGGGCUUCCUUCCACUUCUGUGGAAAGUCGACAAGACAAAUCUGUCACAACUACAAAUCUUGCGGACAAAACCUACACCACUCCCACGGUCUCCAGCACUUUGACAUCUUCAUUUUCCGAAAGUCAUGAAUCAGAGCUUCCUUCAGCUGCCGUAAGAAGUUCAAGGGACAAAUCUUUUAUUGCAGCAACUCAUACAGCUAACAGUGUCUCGAGCACGUUUUCCUCCCAGCCAGAACUUUCUUCCUUUUCGAAAGAAAGCUCAACAGAUAAAACUCAUGACACAAAUGAAGACCUAAAUGAAUCCGUCAACACUUUCAGAACCAAGGAAGGUUCAGUGGACCAACAUCUCACCACUCAGAGCAUGUUCAACCCUUUUCUGUCUCUGUUGUCUACCCAGCAUGCAUCGGGUGUUUCUUCCACUAUUGCUGAAAGUCCACAAGACAAAUCUCUGAUCACUUCAAAUCAUACAACCGAAUCUCACACCACUCCCAGUGUCUCCAGCACUUUCAUGUCUUCAUCUUCUGACCAGCAUGCAUCACUUCUUCUUUCUACUAUCAAUGAAAGUUCAAGGGCUAAAUCUUGGACUAAUGCUGAAACACCAACUGACAAAUCUUAUACAACUAACAAUCCCACCUCUCUCAUUCAUUCCUUCCAGCCAGAGCUUUCUUCCACUACUAAGGAAAGCUCAACAGACGAAAUUCACAAUACAAAGGAAGAAAUCAGUGAAUCCCGCACCACUUUCACAGACAAGGAAGGUUUAAUGGACCAACAUCUCACCAGUCAGAGCAUGUUCAACCCUUUUCCGUCUCUAUUGUCUUCCCAGCAUGCAUCGGGUGUUUCUUCCACUACUGUUGAAAGUACACAAGACAAAUCUCUGAUCACUUCAAAUCUUAGAAGCGAAUCUCACACCACUCCCAGUGUCUCCAGCACUUUCACAUCUCCAUCUUCUGACCAGCAUGCACCAUUUCUUCCUUCCACUGUCGAGGAAGGUUCAAGGGAUAAAUCUUGGACUGUUGCAGAAAGGUCAAAAGGCAGAACUUAUGACACAAAUAAAGACACAGAUGAAACCCGCACCACUUUCUCAACCGAGGAAAGUUUAGCGGACCAACAUCUCACCACUCAGAGCGUCGUCAGCCCUUUUCUGUCUCUGUUGUCUACCCAGCAUGCAUCGGGUGUUUCUUUCACUACUGCUGAAGGUCCACAAGACAAAUCUCUGAUCACUACAAAUCUUAGAAGCGAAUCUCCCAACAGUUCCAGUGUCUCCAGCACUUUCACAUCUUCAUCUUCUGACCAGCAUGCAUCAGGUCUUUCUUUCACUAUCGAAGAAAGUUCAAGGGAUCAAUCUUGGACUAUUGCUGAAAGUUCAACUGACAAAUCUUAUGCAACUAACAAUCCCACCUCUCUCAUUCCUUCUUCCCAGCCAGAGCUUUCUGUUACUACACAGGAAAACUCAACAGAGAAAACUCAUAACACAAACCAGGACUUAGAUGAAACCCGCACCACUUUCUCAACUGAGGAAAGUAUUUUGGACCAACAACACACCACUCGAAGCAUCUUCAGCCCUUUGCUGUCUCUGCUGUCUUCCCAGCAUGCAUCGGGUGUUUCUUCCUCUACUGCUGAAAGGCUAGUAGACAAAUCUCUCAUGACUUCCACUAAGGAAGAAACUUUAGAAAGCACAUCUUGCACUGCUACCCUUACUGAGAAAGGUUCAGCCGACACAUUUAAUACCACUCCUGAUAUCUCCAGCGCGUUCACCUCCUCAUCUUCCUCUCGUCACGCAUCAGGACUUUAUUCCAUUAUUCAAGAAAGCUCAAUAGAAAGAACCCCUGAUGGAAACACAGACAAAUCUCGUUCCACUUUCACAACUGAGGAAGGUUUAAUGGACCAACAUCGCGUCAGUCAAAGCAUCUUCAGCCCUUUUCUGUCUCUGUUGUCUUCCCAGCAUGCAUCAGAUGUUUCUUCCACUGCUGCUGAAAGUCUGCCAGAUGAAUCUCUCAUGUCUUCAUAUCCUACAAACACAUUUGACACCACUCCCACUGACUCCAGCACUUUCACAUCGUCAUUCUUCGACCAGAAUGCAUCAGGGCCUCAUUCCGCUGCCGACGAAGGCUCAGCAGACAAAUCUCAAGUGUACAAAGAAAGUUUAACAUACAGAUGUCAUCCAAUCAGCAGCACCGUCAUAUCUUCUUCCCAGCCAGAUCACUCUCCCACUACUGAUGAAAGCUCAACAGACAAAGACAUGGAUGAAUCUCACACCACAUUCACAACCAAGGAAAGCUUAGUGGACCAACACCACAUCGCAUCAAGCAUCUUUAACCCUUUUCUGUCUCUGUUGUCUUCCCAACAUGCAGCAAGUCUUUCUCCCACUGUUGAUGAGAAUUCAAUUGACAUAUCUCACAUUACUUCUAAUAUAAAAGAAGAAUUAAAGGAUACAUCUCACUCCACUGUCACAACUACAGGAGGUUUAGCAGACAGAUCUCGAACUACAACAGAAGGUUCAAAAGAAGAAUAUCAUGUUGCAUCAACAGAAGAGGGACCAACAGAAGAUUCUCACAUUCCUAAAGAAAGAGUGACAGACAUAUUUUGGACAAAUAAAGACAGGUCGCAAACCCCUAAAGAAGACUCCUGGAUCACUAACGAGAGCUCAAGUGUAAAAUCUCACAUUAUUUCCAAUGUAGGAGAUAGUCCAGCAGACAGAGCAGGGUCUCUUUCUACUACUCAGGAAAGUCCAUCUGACACAGCUCACAUUGCUUCCACAGAAGAACAUCCAGCAGACAAAUCUCGAUCUACUACAGAAACUUCAAUAGAGAAAUGUCAGGCUACUGAAGACGAUUUCACAGAAAAGUCCCAAAUUGCUUCCACUGCUAAAGAAGGUUCAAAUCACAAAGCGGGCACUAAUGAAGAAAGUUCUAAAGAAAUAUCUCACAUUGCCUCAACAAAAGAAGACACAGCUCGGAUCGCUAAUGGCAGAUCAACACCCUCUACAGAAAACUCAAUAGACGAAUCCCAAAUCAUGAAUGAAAGUCCAACUGAAAGAUUUCUCUUGACUAUGAAAGAAGGUUCAAAACAAAGUCCUCCAAACACAUCUCACAUUUCUUCUGUAAAAGAAGGUUCAACUGACAAAUCUCACAUUACCUCAACAAAAGACGGUCCAGCUGACAAAUAUCUCAGUCCUGAAGAAAACUCAACAUACAAAGCCUGGAUUACUAAAGAAACCAUAAAAUCUAAAUCUCACAAUACUUCCACUAACAAAGAAGAUUCAAAACCAAAUCCAACAAACAAAUCUCACAUUACCCCAGCAAAAGAUGUUCCAACAGAGAAAUCUGACAAUCCCGAAGAGAGCUCAACAUACAAAGCCUGGAUUACUAAUUACACCCUAAAAUCUAAAUCUCACAAUACUUCCACUAAUGAAGAAGGUUCAAAACAAAGUCCGCCCAACACAUCUCACAAUUCAUCUAUAGAAGAAGGUUCAACAGACAAAUCUGAAAUUACCUCUACAAAAGAUGGUUCAGCAGACAAAUCUCACAGUCUUGAAGAAAGCUCAACAUACAAAGCCUGGAUUACUAAAGAAACUCUAAAAUCAAAAUCUCACAGUACUUCCACUAAUGAAGAAGGUUCAAAACAAAGUCCACCAAAUACAUCUUACAUUUCUUCUGUAGAAGAAGGUUCAACAGACAAAUCUCACAUUUCCUCAACAAAAGAUGGUGCAACAGAGGUAUCUGACAAUCCUGAAGAAAACUCGACAUACAAAGCCUGGAUUACUAAAGAAACCCUAAAAUCAAAAUCUCACAAUACUUCCUCUAACGAAGAAAGUUCAAAACAAAGUCCUCCAAACACAUCUCACAUUUCUUCUACAAAAGAUGGUCCAGCAGGCAAAUCUGACAAUUCUGAAGAAAGCUCAAUAUACAAAGCCUGGAUUACUCAAGAAACUCUAAAAUCUAAAUCUCACAAUACUUCCACUAAUGAAGACGGUUCAAAGCCAUGUCCACCAAACACAUCUCACAUUUCUUCUUUAAAAGAAGGUUCAACAGACAAAUCUCACAUUACCUCAACAAAAGACGGUCCAGCAGACAAUUAUCUCAGUCCUGAAGAAAACUCAACAUACAAAGCCUGGAUUACUAAAGAAACCAUAAAAUCUAAAUCUCACAAUACUUCCACUGACAAAGAAGAUUCUAAACCAAAUCCAACAAACACAUCUCACAUUACCCCAGCAAAAGAUGUUCCAACAGAGAAAUCUGACAAUCCCGAAGAAAGCUCAACAUACAAAGCCUGGAUUACUAAUGAAACCCUAAAAUCCAAAUCUCACAAUACUUCCACUAAUGAAGAAGGUUCAAAACAAAGUCCGCCCAACACAUCUCACACUUCAUCUAUAGAAGAAGGUUCAACAGACAAAUCUGACAUUAAUUCUACAAAAGAUGGUCCAGCAGACAAAUCUGACAAUUCUGAAGAAAGCUCAAUAUACAAAGCCUGGAUUGCUCAAGAAACUCUAAAAUCUAAAUCUCACAAUACUUCCACUAAUGAAGAAGGUUCAAAGCCAUGUCCACCAAACACAUCUUACAUUUCUUCCGUAAAAGAAGGUUCAACAGACAAAUCUCAAAUUUCCUCAACAAAAGAUGGCCCAGCAGACAAAUAUCUCAGUCCUGAAGAAAACUCAACAUACAAAGCCUGGAUUACUAAUGAAACCCUAAAAUCAAAAUCUCACAGUACUUCCACCAACAAAGAAGAUUCAAAACAAAGUCCUCCAAACAAAUCUCACGUUUCUUCUAACAAAGAUCAAACAGAGAAAUCUAGGACUGCAAAGCAAAGUUCAACAGACAAAUCUCAUAUGACCUCAACAGACAAAUCUCAAACUGAAGAAAGCUCAGCCUACAAAGCCUGGAUUACGAAAGAAACCCUAAAAUCAAAAUCUCACAGUAUUUCCACAAAGAAAGAAGGUUCAGCAGACAAAUCCUCUGUGACUCACAGCAUCUCCGGCACAGUCACAUCCACAUCUUCUCCCCAUCCUGCAUCAGAGCAUUCAUCCAGAGCCAAGGAUGUGAAAGAAAGUUCAACAGACAAAUCUCAGAGUACAGAGAAAAAGUCACCCGACAAGCCUCGGAUCAGUUCCACUGCUGAAGAAAAAUCUCAUACUCCUAAAGAGAGCUCAACAGACAAAAUCCAAGCUACUAAAGAAGGUUCAACAGAUAUAUCUCACAUUAAUUCCACUACUAGCAAAAGGUCAACAGAUGCAGCUCACCCUACUUCGACUCCGAAAGAAAGUCCAGCAAACAAGCCUCUCAUUAGUUCCACUGCCGAUGAAGGUGCAACAGACAAGCCUCAGAUUACUUCCACUAGUCAAGAAAGUCCAGCAGACAGGUCUCAUUCCACCCACAGUGUCUCUGGCAGCAACACAUCCUCAUCUUCUACACAAACUACACAAGGGCUUCCAUUCACUGCCAAGGAAAUGUCAGAGAAGUCUGGCAUUACUUCCACAAAGGAAGGUCAAACAGAUGAAGCUCAAAUGGUUGAAGAAAGUUCCUCAGUCAAAAGCCCCACUGCUGCUGAAGAGUUAGCAGACGCCUCCCACAAUGCUUCCACUGCAAAACACCAUUCGACGGCUGUAUCUCAGACUGCUAGAGAAAGUCCAACAGAGAAAUCUCAGAUUACCUCAGCCACUAAUAAAGGUUCAACAGAUGCGUCUCACAUUACUUCCACCACUGAAGAAGCUUCAACAGAUGAAUCUCAGGAUGUUAAAGGAGUUAGAACAGACGAAUCUCCCAUACCUUCUGCUGCUGAAGAAGGAUUGUCAGGCACAUACAUUACCUCCAGCCCUGUAGGAAGUUCAACAGACAAUUCUCCCAAUACCUCAAACAUGAAAGCAGGUUCAACAGAUACAUCUCAAGCUACUUCCUCAACUAAAGAACUUCCAACAGACAAAUCUGGCAUUGCUUCUACAGCUCAAGAAGGUUCAGUAGACAUGUCUCAGGUUUCCUCUUCUAUCAAUGAAGGUUCAUCCGAUCAGUCCCCUACCGAUCCUGCCAUCUCAAGCUCUUUCUCUUCUUUGUCUCCUUCUCGGCCUGCAUCAGGUCUCUCUUCUACUGCUAAGGAAAGACUGACGGACAAACCCAACACAAUCCAAGGCGUCUCCAGCGUUUUUACCUCUUCGUCUCCAUCCAGACUAACGUCGAGUCUCUCCACAGUCACUACCACGUCUGGCGGCACCAGGCCGACUCCUGCUCCUCGUACCUCCACUAUCGCAGAAAAGACGCAUCAGUCCAAACUCAAGUUCUUCGAAUCUGACAACUCCGCCAAAGACGAAGAGAAGAAGACCACGACCAGCAGCUUGGACAUAAAUGUUGGUCGGGGUGGUAAGAAAGAAGAGGCCAAAGCUGGUCAGGCUGUCACUGUGGUUGUAAAUGUUGGUGGUAUCGGAGGUAAAGUGACGAAUGAGAGCUCUGACAAGCCACAACAUCAAGCUAAAGCGUCUGGAGCGGGGGAGAAGGUUGCUGCCAAACAGGACGGCAAUCAGGCGAACAAGACAAAAUCUUCAGCAGCAGCUUUCAUCUCCCAGAAACUGGCCGAGGAGAGCGCCAACAACAGCAAGCCGUCGUUCACAACUGUGGCUCUGAAGAACACUGACAAACCUGCAUCUCAAACUGAGACACCAAAGAAGCCGACGGAGGGCGUCAGAGGACGGGUGAAGCUAAAAGUCGACCCAUCCAUUCUGGCCGACCUGCAUCCCCCGGGCGACCCCUCGAGAACUUCCCCGAGCCCCUCCGGCCGAGGCGAACCGAGAGCCAGGACCCCAGAGAGAGGAGGAACAAAGUGUGCAGAAAAGGCGUCGCCUGCCGACUGGAGGUCGAUGCUCAAACCCGUCUCCAAAGAAACCAAACCUGCCGAUGCUCCACAGUCGUCUCCUCAGCCUCCGCCUCGCGGGGCUGGAAGGAGCUCGCUCGUCGGGCCGUCGGCCUCCUCUCAGCUCCCCGGUCCGAGCAUCUCUGUCACGCCACCGCAGCCCAACAGUUUUCAGAAUGGCCAGAAAGACAAAACUGCAAAUGGCACCAAGACGGAGUCGAAGGUUUCUAAGAUGAAGCCGGACUUCAUCCCCAAAGACGAGAUCCUGAAGGAGCUGCAGCAGAUCGAGGACAAUCUGAACGAGCUGGAGAAGAGAGGA